AUCGAUUUACUAUGUGCCGGCAAUGAAGUUCCCUCAUCUCUAAUUCCACACGAUCAGCUGUUUUACCAAUUUUGUUAUGAAAUUUGUUUGAGUUCCGGAUAGAAAAUGCUGCGUUUACUGACAAAAACCAGAGCCUUGCGGCAAUUGGUGCCAGCGACAGGUGGUACUUCAUCUGCAUCACGCUUAUAUGCGAAAAAUCAGGGAGCAGCCAGCCAGAAACCGGAAGAGGACAUGGUCAGCAACGAGCCCAUUAAGUUCUUCGGCAGCCAGGCAGCCACUUGGCGGGCAAAGGACACCCGGAGCGGAGGAUGCGAUGAGUCGCUGUGGUACCAGCCCUACGUGAUCUCCGCCAGCUUGGGCGUAUUCCUCCUGUACUUCUGUGCUCUGCGAGAGGAAAGCGACAUCGAUCUGCGGCUGGAGGGCAAUUUGUACGACCACGUUAGCGGCCUGGAAGAGGUUCAGCUCACGGUCAACUACAAGUACAACAAGGAGCACGGACUGGACACCAAGGAACAGGAGAGUCGGCUCAGGGAACUGGGCGUCGAUCUGGGCCAGUUGGACGCUAAAUUGGCCGCCCAGUAGUUUUAGAGUUGACUAAUUGUACGUUUUUUGUUUCGUUAAGUGAGCAAGUUGGAGAAAUUAAACAUUUUUAGCAACUGAAAGGUAAAAGCGAUAUAUAUUACAAAUGUU